AUGGCCGAAGGCAAAGCAGCGUUUGUGCUGGGAGCGACCGGUGCGGUGGGCCGAAAAUUUGUCGAAGUAUUGGCCGCAGACCCAAGGUAUUCCCGGGUUGUUCUACUCGGUCGGCGAAUUGUUGACCAACCAGAUGCACCCGCAAAAAUCGAACAGCGAGUGAUCGACUUUGAGAAGCUCGAAGAUCACCGAAGUGACUUCGAGGGGUUUGACGUCGGCUUCUGUGCUUUGGGCACGACGAGAGGCAAAUCCGGGGUCAAAGGACAAUAUCGUGUGGACCACGAUUACGUCGUCGACAGCGCAAAGUUGGCCAAGGACAAUGGGACCAAGACGUUCUGCCUCGUCUCUUCAUCCGGUGCUAACGAGAAUUCGAUGUUUUUUUAUCCAAAGACAAAGGGAGAAACCGAAAGAGACCUGAAAACGAUUGGCUUCGAGCAUCUGGUCAUCGCUCGGCCAGCUUUCCUAGAAGGUCCGCGUGACGAAUUUCGCCUCGGAGAAGCCGUAGCUAAGAUUUUCGUCAAGCCCUUCAAGCUCCUUACAAGCAGCAUUGCCAUUGACACGAUUGAUGUGGCGAGGGCUCUUGUUUCGGCAGCCUCUAACCCCUCGGCAGAUCCCGUCCGGCUGAUCGACAACAAGGAGCUGAUCGACAUCGCGAAGGAGUACAAAGAAGCGGCGCAACAAAAGAAU